AUGGCUAUCCAGUCACUACGCGAAAUCAACGCGUAUAAUCUACGCACCUUCAAGCGCCAAUAUGUCUCCGAGAUCUCAGGUUCGCUUGGCGACCUAGGCACAUUCCUGCCUAUCGCGAUUGCACUAGCUGCCAAUGGCACCGUCUCCCUCGCUAGCACAUUGAUUUUCUCGGGCAUUUUCAAUAUUCUAACGGGCGUGUUUUUCGGUAUUCCACUACCAGUCCAGCCGAUGAAGGCCAUCGCUGCAGUGGCAAUCGCGCGUAGUUUCUCAAACGGCACGAUUGCUGCGGCGGGGAUCUUCGUCGGUGCCUGUAUCCUCGUCUUCAGCUUGACGGGUAUCUUACACUGGUUCGCCAAUGUAAUUCCCAUUCCAGUCAUCAAGGGUAUCCAAGUCGGGGCGGGAUUAUCCCUGAUCAUCGCAGCCUGCAGCAGCAUGCUUCAUCCCUUGGGCUGGAUCAACCCCUCCUGGGCCGAUAACCGGAUCUGGGCAGUUGCUGCAUUUGUUGCACUUCUGCUCACCAAUAUUUAUCGCCGAGUACCCUAUGCGCUCGCCGUGUUAGCGCUGGGUCUGGUGUUUGCUAUCAUUCGGACUGCAUUGGCGGGGCAGAUGCCCAGUUUCGAGGUGUGGCAUCCUUUCGCUCUGGUUCCGACCCCACUUCAAUGGCGUGUCGGUGCUGUGGAUGCUGGCAUUGGUCAAAUUCCCCUUACCACGCUGAACUCCAUUGUGGCGGUUGUUCACUUGGCGAAUGAUCUGCUGCCGGAUGUGCGCACUCCCUCCAUCACUCAUGUCGGGCUGAGCGUGGCGGGCAUGAACUUAAUUGGCUGCUGGUUUGGUGCGAUGCCCGUCUGCCAUGGAUCUGGUGGUCUUGCAGCGCAGUAUCGGUUCGGAGCUCGCUCAGGAGCAAGUGUGAUCUUCCUCGGCCUGUUGAAACUUAUUAUUGGCUUUUUCUUUGGAGAGACCUUGGUUGACCUUCUGAAGCGGUUCCCUGCUGCCUUGCUCGGCGUGAUGGUUGUUGCAGCUGGCGCGGAGCUGCUUAGCGUGGGCGAGAGCCUCAACACCUCUGGUGCUCGGGACCUCAAACAGGCCGGCGCUAACCUUUUGUCAAAUAUGGAGCAUAUUAGCCCUCUUCUUACCGAUGAAGACCGCAGUCGCCGCUGGACUGUCAUGAUGAUCACUGUGGGAUUGCUGGUAGGUUUCAAAAAUGAUGCGAUCGGUUUCAUUGCCGGUAUGCUUUGCCACUGGUCCUACGACAUUCCCAAAUGGUGGGAGAAGGCGCGCAGCCGGUGGUCAGAGGGACGCUUGCGUCUACGUGACUAA